ACCCUGUAUGCACACUACGCUGCCUGGAUUCAACUGAUUUCUCACUGCGAAGCAAUACCUUUACGAGCUCUCACAGAACAACUCCUAAAGCUACUGUGUGUAAACUGAAGACCUACCCUGGAAUGUGCCAGGAGGGAGAGCUGCCUGAAAUACAGUACAGAAAGCCUGCCCUGUGUGAGAGUGACAGAGAGAAAGAGAGAAAGAGAGAAAGAGAGGGAGACAGAGAGAGAGUGAGUGAAACAGGAAGAGAGAGAGGUACGUGGAGAGGGGAGCAGAACAGAGAGGGAGUGAGGCAGGGAGAGCGAGAGGCAGGAAGAGAGAGAGAGUGAGGCAGGGAGAGCGCGAGGCAGGAAGAGACAGAGAGUGAGGCAGGGAGAGCGAGAGGCAGGAAGAGAGAGAGAGUGAGGCAGGGAGAGCGAACGAGAGAGAGAAAGAGGCAGGGAGAGCGAACGAGAGGCAGGGAGAGAGAGAGAGAGAGUGAGGGAGAGAAAGAGAGAGAGUGAGGCAGGGAGAGCGAACGAGAGAGAGAAAGAGGGAGAGAAAGAGAGAGAGUGAGGCAGGCAGAGAGAGCGCAUGUGAGUGUGUGUGUGUGAGAGAGAAGAAACGGUACACAGUGGAGUAGUGCUCAGUGACUGGUGGCUGAGGUGAGAUGUAGAGCUGUAGGGGACUUCCUAAUAAUCAGGGGACCUGAAGACCCUGUCUUUUGUCAAAGAGGAAACAAAACGAUCUGGGCUCUGUAGAGGCUGGACUAAAGGGCUGAAGGAAUAUGGAAGAAAAAAAGGAGAAACGGAAUAAAGGUAGAGGAAUGUUUUCAGUGUGACUGUUUUUCCCAAACCACCAUUUUCCAUCCAUCACAUCCUUCGAAACUCACCAUCUUCCCAGCACAGAGGGCGGACCUGGCUGGAAGUGUGUGUGUGUGACAGUAAGGAAGGGAGGAAGAUUGUCUGUGACACCUGUCGUCACUCAUUAUGCUGUUGAUCCAUCUCCAUAGCACUCACACACACAGGUGCAGUUCCUAGCGAGCGCAGCAGAGACACCUGAGGAUUUCCUGACACACACACAUACCUCCUGUCUCAUCUUCUCCAUUGAAAUGACGACGUCAGGUUUAAACCGAGCGAACGCUGCCUUCUGACAGUGUGGAUACCUUCUGUCCAAACUGGCACACUAGAGUUGAGCACAUUCUUAUCAUUAUACUUUCCUGAUUUCAAAUGGAUUCAACCUCUUUGAUCAACAGGUAAUAAUGUGGACCUGAGAAAAGGAUUGAAUGUGAGAAAUCGUGCUUAGGGUAAUUGUCCUCCGGUUUGGAAUACUUGGAACAGAGCGAAAGUCAUAGAGCUCUCUAUUGUUCGGGGGAGUUUUGCCAAGUUAUUGUUGCUCUCCGUUUCCGUCCGUCAUUAGCUACGACUACUUCAAGAAUUAACAGAGGUGAAGUCUGUACCCAUGGAUAGCCUCCUCUGACUUAAUCCCACAUGUAGUUUAACACUGACAGACAUUAUGAGGGUUGACUUUGAGCUCUGAGCAUGUGGAGACUCUUAAGGACCAGACCUAUCCCUCUCUGCUCCUCUCUCACCACGUAACAGACUUGUAAGAGUGAGUGUGUCAUUGUAAGGCACGUGCUGGAGGUGUAUGGCGGCUGACAUAAUGAACCUGCAUGGGAACGUAUCGGAGUUGAUCUCUUCUGCCGUCAGAGCCAUAACGCUUCCGUCCUUUGACCCCGACCCUGACCCUUGGCCUAAUGGUCCAGAGGGACUUCUGGGAAAUAAAAGCAGGAUUUUUUCAAAUGGGUGUAACGGGAAUGAUGGCGGCAAUGUGCAUGAUUUUCCGCCAGGCAACUGGACGCAUAGCGGCAGGGUUUACAGUGAUGAAGCAAGGAUUCUGGAAUCAUCGCAGUGUGUGAAGGGGAUGACAGCAGUGGACAAGAACUGGGCUGCUUUGCUGAUCCUGGCGGUCAUCGCCGUUACAGUGACGGGUAACAUCCUGGUCAUCAUCGCAGUGUCUCUGGAGAAGAAGCUCCAGAACGCCACCAACUACUUCUUGAUGUCGCUGGCUGUCGCCGACAUGCUGCUGGGCAUCCUGGUCAUGCCCAUCUCCAUGGUGACAAUUCUCUAUGACCACUGGUGGCCCCUGCCCUCAGACCUGUGCCCUAUCUGGAUCUACCUGGAUGUGCUGUUCUCCACAGCCUCCAUCAUGCACCUGUGUGCCAUCUCUCUGGACCGCUACAUCGCCAUCAGAAACCCUCUCCACCACAGCCGCUUCAACUCCCGAACCAAAGCUCGCCUCAAGAUCAUGGCUGUCUGGACCAUCUCUGUGGGUAUCUCCAUGCCCAUCCCUGUCCUAGGCCUGCAGGACCACAGAAAGGUAUUUAAAGAUGGCAGCUGCCUGCUGACAGAUGACAGUUUCGUCCUGGUAGGCUCCUUCGUGGCCUUCUUCGUCCCCCUCACCAUCAUGGUGGUCACCUACUUCCUCACCAUCAGCGCCCUGCAGAAUGAGGCUACCCUCUGCCUGGACCAGCUGGUGCCCAGGCCCAAGUGGAGUGCCACCCUGACCCUGGGAUUCUUCCCACAGUCCUCGCUCUCCUCAGAGAAGCUCUUCUUCAGGCGUUCGCUCAGCCGCGACACGAGAGGGGUGGGAGGAGGGGUUGGCGGGGCUGCGGUGGACCCGCAGUACGGGCGUCGUACCAUGCAGUCAAUUAGCAAUGAGCAGAAGGCCACCAAGGUCCUGGGUGUGGUCUUCUUCUUGUUCGUGGUCAUGUGGUGUCCCUUCUUCAUCACCAAUGUGCUGGCAGUGGUGUGCAACCCCAUGAACUGUGACCCCUGGGUGAUGGGGGGGCUGCUGAACGUGUUUGUGUGGGUGGGAUACCUCUCCUCAGCCGUCAACCCUCUGGUAUACACUCUGUUCAACAAAACGUACCGUGCAGCCUUCUCCCGCUACGUACGCUGCCAGUACAGCCCGGAGAGGAAGCCUCUACAGCUCAUGUUGGUUAACACCAUCCCUCCACUGGCCUACAACUCCACCCACCUGCCCAUGGAGGAAAUGGGAUCCCUCAGGAAUGGGGCCCACAGUGGUGGAGGACCAAAUCAAACUCAUAGAACGACAAGGCACCCAGAGACCAAGAUGAGAGCAUCAGCUGUGUGUGAGGCUGUGAGCCUGUGAGCACUGAAUUGCCCAUAAUGCUAGUGAGAUGUGCUGUGUUUUGAUCACGAUCUCACCUUGUUUUCGGAAGGAAACCUUGGGGACGGAGGGUCCUGUGCUGGAAUGUGUUCAGUAGCUCUGUGGUGAGACUCAUGCCAGAGAGGAAUAUGUGAAGCGAGAGGGUCCACUCCUGUCAAAAUCUGUCCACGCGCGAAUACAGUGAUAAGCUGCAGGAAGUACAGAGAGAGGAAAAGACACAAACUGCCUCACAAACACUUAAACUAGUAACACCAGAAGAGAACAACUGAGCUAAAGCAAAAUUAUCAGCAAUAGCCAGGGGCCACGAGGGGAUACAUUUCCCCAAAAUGUUCAUACACAUAGCCAGGAUACCAGACGGUUUAGCUAACAUUCCACUCCUUGUGUGCCAAAGAUGUGUCACAAUGACACAUCAAGGAGUGGAUUAUUAACUAAACAGACUAGUACCUAAGCUACAGUGGCUUGCGAAAGUAUUCACCCCCUUGGUAUUUUUCCUAUUUUGUUACCUUACAACCUGGAAUUUAAAUAGAUGUUUUGGGGGUUUGUAUCAUUUGAUUUACACAACAUGCCUACCACUUUGAAGAUGCAAAAUAUUUUUUAUUGUGAAACAAACAAGAAAUAAGACAAAAAAAAUGAAAACUUGAGCGUGCAUAACUAUUUUUCCCCCCAAAGUCAAUACUUUGUAGAGCCACCUUUUGCAGCAAUUACAGCUGCAAGUCUCUUGGGGUAUGUCUCUAUAAGCUUGGCACAUCUAGCCACUGGGAUUUUUGCCCAUUGUUCAAGGAAAAACUGCUCCAGCUCCUUCAAGUUGGAUGGGUUCCACUGGUGUACAGCAAUCUUUAAGUCAUACCACAGAUUUUCAAUUGGAAUGAGGUCUGGGCUUUGACUAGGCCAUUCCAAGACAUUUAAAUGUUUCCCUUAAAUCAAUCAAGUGUUGCUUUAGCAGUAUGCUUAGGGUCAUUAUCCUGCUGGAAGGUGAACCUCCGUCCCAGUCUCAAAUCUCUUGAAGAUUGAAACAGGUUUCCCUCAAGAAUUUCCCUGUAUUUAGCGACAUCCUUCAAUUCUGACCAGUUUCCCAGUCCCUGCCGAUGAAAAACAUACCCACAGCAUGAUGCUGCCACCACCAUGCUUCACUGUGGGGAUGGUAUCCUCGGGGUGAUGAGAGGUGUUGGGUUUGUGCCAGACAUAGCGUUUUCCUUGAUGGCCAAAAAGCUCAAUUUUAGUCUCAUCUAAGCUGAGUACCUUCUUCCAUAUGUUUGGGGAGUCUCCCACAUGGCGAACACCAAAUGUGUUUGCUUAUUUUUUUAAGCAAGGGCUUUUUUCUGGCCACACUUCCAUAAAGCCCAGCUCUGUGGAGUGUACGGCUUAAAGUGGUCCUAUGGACAGAUACUCCAAUCUCCGCUGUGGAGCUUUGCAGCUCCUUCAGGGACAUCUUUGGUCUGUUUGUUGCCUCUCUGAUUAAUGCCCUCCUUGCCUGGUCCACGAGUGUUGGUGGGCGGCCCUCUCUUGGCAGGUUUGUUGUGGUGCCAUAUUCUUUCCAUUUUUUAAAUAAUGGAUUUAAUGGUGCUCUGUGAGAUGUUCAAAGUUUCGUAUAUUUUUUUAUAACCUAACCCUGAUCUGUAAUUCUCCACAACUUUGUCCCUGACAUGUUUAGAGAGCUCCUUGGUCUUCAUGGUGCCGCUUGUGUAACGGCUCUCUUUCGGUGAGUGAGUUGACCAAGGCGCAGCGGGUUGUGAAUACAUAAUGAACUUUAUUUAACAAGACGAAAACUAAACACACGAAGAACACUUGAAUAAUUUUACAAAACAACAAAACGAACUAGACAGACCUAAACUAUCAACUUACAUGAAACGAGGAACACAUAAACAGGAACGACCGAACGAACGAGAUGAGACGAGACAGUACCGUGUGGUGCAACAAACACAGACACAGUGACAAUCACCCACAAACAAACAGUGAGAACACCCUACCUUAAUAUGACUCUCAAUUAGAGGAAAACGCAAAACACCUGCCUCUAAUCAAGAGCCAUACCAGGCAACCCAAAACCAACAUAGAAACGGAAAACAUAGACUGCCCACCCAAAACUCACGCCCUGACCAUCACACACAUAAAAAACACCAGAAAACAGGUCAGGAACGUGACAGAACCCCCCCCCCCCUCAAGGUGCGAACGCCGGGCGCACCAGCACAAAGUCCAGGGGAGGGUCUGGGUGGGCAUCUGACCACGGUGGUGGCUCAGGCUCCGGACGCUGUCCCCACACCACCCUAGUCACUCCCCGCUUCUGUAUCCCCCUCCCAAUGACCACCCUCCAACUAAAACCACCUAAAUGAAGGAGCAGCACCGGGAUAAGGGGCAGCACCGGGAUAAGGGGCAGCACCGGGAUAAGGGGCAGGUCCUGGCUGAGGGACUCUGGCAGGUCCGGGCUGAGGGACUCUGGCAGGUCCGGGCUGAGGGACUCUGGC